AUGGCUUCCCUGCUCUGCCCAACUUCGGCAACAGUCCAGCAGAAUCCUAAGAUUCUUUGCUUCUCUCCUCUGAAGUCCAUUUCCCAAGUUAAUCUUUUUUCUUUCACAAACCGUCUCAAAAGUAACCCAGGAAGGUGCAAUGCAUUCUUUGGCAGCAUCCCAGAUGAUUUGUUGGGGCAGUCCUUGUCUCAAUUCCCUGUCAUUAAAUCCGGGUUUGUUCGGUUUGAAACGGUUACUGGGGAAUUAACAGACGUGCAGAAGUGGGGUUUCAUUUUUUUUGCAGGGCUUACAUGGAUUUACUUGACUGCAAGGCCAGGUGUUCUUAUAGGUGCCAUUGAUGCAUACCUUCUUGCUCCUCUGCAACUAGGGUUGGACAACUUGACUGGUAGGAGGAGCCUGAAGAGGACUGAUUUUUUGGUUGGCGAUAAGCUGGGAGAAGGGUCUUUUGGUAUUGUUUAUUCUGGUGUGAUUGUUCCAAAGAAUGUUUCUGUUGAAGAAAGAGGGCCAAAAAGAGGAGGAAGAACAGGGCUGGACAUGGAUGGUAGGUUUAAGGAGAAGGUCAUUCUCAAAAAGGUUAAAGUUGGUGUCCAAGGGGCUGAAGAAUGUGGAGAUUUUGAGGAAUGGUUUAACUACAGGCUUUCAAGAGCAGCCCCAGAGACAUGUGCUGAGUUCCUUGGAAGUUUUGUUGCUGAUAAAACAAGUUCACAAUUCAUAAAGGGUGGGAAGUGGCUUGUUUGGAAAUUUGAGGGAGACCGCACUCUUGCUGAUUACAUGAAAGAUCGAAGAUUCCCUUUAAACUUAGAGUCUGUCAUGUUUGGACGUGUACUGCAAGGAGUAGAAUCUGUUAAACGAAAUGCAUUAAUCAUCAAGCAAAUAAUGCGCCAGAUCAUUACUUCACUUAAGAAGAUUCACGACACAGGUAUUGUUCACCGUGAUGUAAAGCCAGCCAACCUAGUGGUGACAAAACGCGGACAGAUUAAACUCAUUGAUUUUGGGGCAGCAACAGACCUUCGCAUUGGCAAGAACUAUGUACCCAACCUUGGGCUGCUUGAUCCUGACUACUGCCCGCCUGAGCUAUAUGUUCUACCGGAGGAAACACCAAGUCCUCCUCCAGAGCCAAUUGCUGCUUUUCUUUCUCCAAUUUUGUGGCAGCUGAACAGUCCUGAUCUAUUUGAUAUGUAUUCUGCUGGCAUUGUACUCCUGCAAAUGGCAAUACCUUCCCUGAGGUCAACAGCAUACUUAAAGAACUUUAAUUUGGAACUGAAAGCAGUUCAAUAUGACUUGAACAAAUGGAGGGAGAGAACCCGGUUAAGGCCUGACUUAACAAUUUUGGAUCUUGACUCUGGUAGAGGUUGGGACCUAGCCACAAAGCUCAUUUCAGAGAGAGGGUACCUUAGAAGGGGGCGUUUAUCUGCUGCUGCUGCCCUCAGGCAUCCUUAUUUUUUGUUAGGUGGUGACCAGGCAGCUGCUGUUCUUUCAAAAUUCAGCUUUAACUAGGUAAUCUGCUGCUGGCGGGGUGAGUAAAUCUUUGCCUUCUGAUAUCUAUAAUUGUUAAAAUUCUUUUGGUCCUUGCCUGCUCUUUGCACCAGUUGCUGAAUAUAACUUGAAUGUCAAUGUCUGCAAAAUGUACUCACAUUCAACUUACCCUGGCAGCAAUUACAGGUCCAUUAUUGAUAUAUAAUUUAACAGCUGAUUAGAAUCACAAAGUUAUACAUUUCCACUUUCAAAGCUGAAAGAUUUUUUUUUUCUCUUUUGGAUAUGAAUAGCUUGUUCCAGUGUUCGCAAGUUUUCUUUCUCAAUCAAUGCCAAAACAUGGCUAUGAAUGACCAUGACUUAUUU